AUGGCUCACAUAGGCGCAGGUCGCCGAGCCUCUCGUUCUUUGUAUGGAAAGCUUUUCAACGGGGAUCCAGAACCGGCAGGCCUUGGUUCCCAACAAUCCCUCGAUCCCAUCAUCCCGGCCGCGAAAAGAAGCUACACUGUCGAGAGUCUGUCUAGCCCGCAGGAGAGAUAUGUCGAAUAUGAGAAGAUCGAGUUAGACAAUAUCCCUACUCCUAACCCUGCCGUGACGUUCGGUCAGUCACUCGAGGGGCCUAAAGAGGCUAUCCGCAGAGGAUUUUGGGCAAACUGUCAUAAAUUGCUUCCGCAUUGGGUUGCCAGUGCGGUCACUUUGGCGGUUGCACAGUUGAGCUUCCGCAAUCGCUACUGGAUGGAUUUGAUGGAUCCAAAUUUCGAAAUCCUACCUGGCAUCACCCAGGGCGGCGCCUUGAACGCCCUCCAGCUGGCAGCAAAACUCCACGAAUUGGUCCUGGUUGCCUCAUUGGGAACGAUUGUCAUGCAUGUCGCCCAAGCGCACUUGAUUGGGAAUCAUGGACUUCCUCUGGGCAUGCUCGCCAAUAGUUUUGCCAUCGGCUCCGGAGAUUAUCUACGGACAAAAGGCUUCUGGUCUUCGAUAUGGACCGGCAAAGCACACUACUGGCGUUUCUGGUUGCUCUCGCUGUUUGCUACCAUCCUGGCGACGUUGGCUGGUCCGUCUUCUGCCAUUGCUGUCAUCCCAUCUCUCAACUGGUUCAGCAUCAGCACGCCUUUCAUCAAUGAUGUGUUCCCGUUCUACGUUUUCAAUCAGAGCACUGUUUUAUGGCCAACGGAUGUGACCCGCGACAGCGCGACAGCUCCCAAUUCAGGAAUCGACUGCGUCAGUGCUACCGUAUCGACCACCCUUCAGGACUUUUGCCCAGCUGGAGGCUUUAGAGAUACCUAUAGUUGGGCGGGCAAUCUGUUGUUCACCAAUUCCAGCUCAGGGACCAACAUCAGCUUCCCUGAUGCCCGUGGAGAUACUCGAAGAGUCUUGUCAGCGCAGAGCUGUGCCAGCGACUUUGACGGUCGAGCAUCUGCCGUGUCGUUGAACAGCUUCAUCUCGGGAGCGUUGACGGCGUAUUGGACGUUUGCUCGGAACAACUGGGAGGGCCUCGCUCUUUUCAGUGCGCAGCCUAGGCUCACCCUCCCUGGGCCCAUCUAUGCACCCAGAGUCGAAGUCAUGUGCAAUGGGUUCAACUACGACAGUGUCUCGGAGGCCGAAGCUCGGACCCAUGUCAACUUUCCCAGUUUCACUCCAGACAAGCAGCUUCCGAGCCAGGACUACAUCUUACCGUACCACAGCACGCUCAACGACACGACAUUCGACUGGGUCCCUAUGCCAGUGGGUGCCGACAAUCCGGCAAUUGGGGCGGCGAUCAGAGUGCCCGUGGAAUACAUCAAUGUGGACGAUAAAAACCAGACUGUGAAGCAGGGAACAGAAAUCCAUGCAUGUAGCAUAUAUGCCCAAUGGAUCCCCGUCGACGUCUUCUACGAACCGCGGACUAGCGACCAGGUUACAUUCAACGUCAAAGGAAAACUGACCGACACUUGCCUUUUUCUGCCUCAUGAGAGAGGCGAGGCCGAUCAACCAAUCAAGAACAUGACCAUCGACAUGGGCUUUGCCAACGCCAUUAAUCAGAACAUUACUUUCGUUGCGGGGCCCACUCCAGCCCUUCUAGCCAUGCUCCAGCAAGCGGUCAUGCAAGACACCCAAGUUACGGGUGAGGUGCUAAACAGUUUCUCAUCGCCAUUUGUCGGAAGUUCUGAGACGGGCAAACAUGUGAAUAUCACGACUGCAGAGGUCCGGCAGAAUCGAGCCACCAUGAUAUCCACCCUCUUGGCCGGCGUCGUUACCGACGGUUUGGCCCGCAUUGCUGGCAACGGACUAUACCCAUACUCAGCGCCCAUGUUCUUGACCGACCAGACCAAGGAUGGAAGUCUUGUAGGCAGGUUCCCGGUCAGCACUGCACAAGGCGGUGAAGACACCGUUUUAAACUCCACCGCCGCCGAUGUCCAAAACUGGCUUCGUAUUGACCCCAUAUUUGAGCGCUACGGGUACGGCUAUCGUUGGGAAGGCUCAAAGACCGUACAAUUCGGAAUCAUUGUCCUUUUGAUUCAUUCCGCUAUUGCCGCCGCCCAUGCGCUGUUCCUCAUCUACAAGGUUGUUAUCCGAAAUGAGGGACUCGUGGCCUCCUGGACCACGGUUGCAGAGCUGAUAGCGCUUGCAAUAAACUCUACCCCGUCGUUGAGGUUGCAGGACACUUGUGCCGGUGUUUCAGCUGCGAAAACAUGGAGGCAGGUCGUCACUGUGAGAGAAACGUACCCAGGUCAUCUGGAGAUGGUCGUCGGUUCUGACGACAAGGCCAAGUACCCGCAAGCACAGGCAGGACGGGUGUACGGAUACCUUACCGAAGAAGAAGCUAUUGUUGAGAAAAAGAGAGCUUGA